AUGGAUUUAGAGAUUAAAGGAGUUGCUGCAUCUCCAAGAAGACAACCACCACUAUCUGCAAGGGAAAAGAAACUUGGCCAAGAAUGGAGGCCACACACAAAAUCAAGCCAUGGUCCCCGACCAGCAGAAGUUCCAUACCUUGACUUGGGAAAAUUGAGAGAUUCUGAUGAUGAGGAUGGAGAUUUCUACGCCCCAUACAGUAAUAGGCACCCUCAUAUUGGUCCUCCAUAUUCAUCUUCAGCUGUUAGCUGGGGUACUCCAGUACAAAGUCCUAAGGCACAGCAUUAUGAUAUUCAGCAGACAGCAAGAAUACCUGGGCAGAAGAAAAGUGAGCUUUCAUUGUGGGAGCAAAAUAUAGUUCCAGAAAAUUUACCUCCCCCUGCAGAUGCAUACAAACUGAAGUAUCAGCAAUAUGAAGCAGAAAUGAAAGAAGGAUAUAAACAGUAUUCUCAAAGAGCAGCAGAAAAGAAAGCAAAGAACAGCCAGUCUCAUGAAUCGCCAAGAAAAAUUAGUGAGCAAAAGGAUUUACAGCCUGAAAACCAAAAGGUUGAUGAAUUGACAGCCCUUGAUGAAAAAGCUCUAUUGCAGCAGUGCUAUACGAACAAACCCUACACAGUGAAGCAGAGCAUAAGAAAACUGGAAGCAGAGGAUGUUGCAGCAGAGAGAAAAAAACAAACUGUAGUAGAACAAAUAAUGAUAGAUCAGUUAUCUAGAGCUGUAAUAAGUGACCCAGAACAAAAUGGAAAAACUGAUAGCUAUGAGAAGGAUCCUUUACUUCCUGGGUUAAGGACAGCACCUCUGCGCUUUAGGAGACGUACAUUACAUGAAACUAAAAUAAGGACUAGGUCUGCAUUGACUGAAAAUAUGCUUUCUAACAAGCUACGCUUUGAUGGCAGAUUAAUAUCAAGAAAUGGACGUGAUGCUUGUCGAGAACUGAUUGGAUUUUUCUUUGCAUAUGAUAAGUCUAUAACUGUAUAUGAGUAUCGGCAAUUUGGUAAAAAUAGGACAAAUGCUCUGCCUUUCAUUCAGAAGGGAAUUUAUAGUCAUCAACGUGGACGAAGAAAAAGAAAACAAUACUGUCUUAACGACUUCUGUGUUGGAGCAGACCUGACUUUUUUGAGCCUUCAUCAUCCUGGCCUUCCAGAAAGUAUUAAACAAAAACCAGUAUUUACAAUCCGUGUCACAAAUAUUGAUGAAACUGCUAAAUCUUUUCUAAAGGCAGUAGAUACAGAAAUUGAAGAAGAUAGUAUCAAGCAGGACGAUGAUGUCAAGAGAAUUUUUCAAAAUGUUCAAGAUAAGCUCAAAGAAAAAUUAAGUAAAAGAGGAGUUCGUAUUGUAACAGGAUUAGGAAAGUACUUCAGAGAACUGGAAAAGAAACAAAAUGGAGUGCUUACCAAAGCAGAUUUCAAGCACUCACUGAAAAUGUUUCAUUUAGAAGUGCCUGAGGAGGACUUUGAAUCGUUGUGGUUAAUACUUGAUGAUCAUAAUGGUGAAAUUGAUUACUAUGAAUUUACCUGUGCCAUCCUUGGAGAAAUGAAUGAAUACAGAAAAGCAUUUGUCCGAAAAGCAUAUAUGAAACUGGAUUACAACAAAACUGGAAGUGUACCUAUGGUAGAUAUAAUGAAAUGCUAUUGUGCUAGAAGACAUCCUCAAGCCCUAUCAGGUACAGAGGAAGAAAUUAAACCUUCUUUUCUAGAAACACUGGAGGAUGCCUGCAGCAAUCCCGAUGAAGUUUUAUUCUGUGAGUUUGAGGAUUAUUAUGAAGGAUUAAGUAUUGGAAUGAUAGAUGAUGAAGAUUUUGUUAAUACUGUGAGGAAUUCCUGGGGAAUUUAGAAAAUAUAAUAUUUACAUGGUUGUGG